AGCAAGACGAAGAAAGAGUGAGAGCGAGCGAGCGAGUGAGAGAAAGCAUGAAGUGCAAUAAAAGUCAAAUGGCCACGUUAACAAUGUGGAAAAUUUUUAUAGUCUUGCUGCUUGCAAUGGCUUUGCUAAUGCCGCUCACAUUAGCGCGCCUGCAUUCCACAUCCGGAGGUGGAAUGUCUACAGGACUUGGAGGCGGCGGAGGACUCGGCAUUGGUGGCGGUGGCAGUAACCUGGGCCUUGGCCUAACUGGCGGUCUGGCCGGCAAAGAUGCACACGUGAAAACGAAGGACAUUGAUGCCGUCGAGGGUAAAUCAGUGUCACUGCCCUGCCCCAUUACCGAGCCUUUGGAUAAUGUUUAUAUGGUCUUAUGGUUUCGUGAUAAUGCGGGCAUACCACUCUAUAGCUUUGAUGUGCGGGAUAAAGAGGCCAGAGACCAGCCCCGACAUUGGUCAGCCCCGGAGGUUUUUGGCUCACGUGCCAAAUUUCAUUUUGAUUCGCAGCCAGCAACAUUGGAAAUUAAGGAUAUCAAACGUCAUGAUCAAGGCAUUUAUCGUUGUCGUGUGGAUUUUCGCACAAGUCAAACGCAAAGUUUCCGUUUCAAUUUGUCUGUAAUAAUACUUCCGGAACAGCCACUCAUCUUGGACCGUUGGGGUCGUCAAUUGAAUGGCACACAAUUGGGUCCAAAGCAAGAGGGCGAUGAUAUUGUUAUCACUUGUCGUGUUGUGGGUGGUCGACCACAACCGCAGGUCCGUUGGCUGGUGAAUGGACUACUUGUCGACAAUCAAAACGAGCACAAUUCCGGCGAUGUUAUCGAGAAUCGUCUGUUGUGGCCAUCGGUGCAACGAAACGAUUUGAAUUCCGUAUUCACAUGUCAGGCAUUGAAUACACAAUUAGAUAAGCCCAAGGAGAAGAGCUUCAUACUGGAUAUGCACUUGAAACCAUUGGUGGUGAAAAUAUUAGAGCCACCCAGUUCAAUGAUUGCCGAUCGUCGUUAUGAAGUCACCUGCGAGUCCUCUGGCUCUCGUCCAAAUGCCAUCAUCACAUGGUACAAGGGAAAACGGCAAUUACGACGCACAAAGGACGACAUAUCAAAGAACUCAACACGCUCCGAGUUGAGCUUUGUUCCGACCACAGACGACGAUGGCAAAUCGAUAACAUGCCGUGCGGAAAAUCCAAAUGUGAAUGGCCUGUAUUUGGAGACCAUGUGGAAAUUGAAUGUCGUUUCAAAAAAAAAGGCAAUGUCGACAGCAACCAAAAGGUAGACAGCGGCAAAGGCAAAAUUUAUUACGUCGGCGAUGUCGUCGCCCGUUGAAAGCCUUUAAAAUGCAAAUAAAUCAAAGACAAAUGACAAAUUGUGAAUAAUUUGCCAAAGGGCCAAAGCAGAAGAAGGAGGCAUUUGGCCUGAUGAUGAGGAGAGGAGCCACCACCAAAUUGCUGGGUAUACAGUCGCCUUUUUUCUUCCCGGUGAUGCGCGGAGAGUAAGGAUGAAAUAUGUGGGCUAGUAAA